CCUUGGCUUGCCUCAUACUGUGGGAGGUUUGUAUCCGCUUCGUCGAGUCAACCGUUGAGUGGCGUAUUGAUAUUCAGACGGCCUUUCUCAGCUGAGUAAAACUCGUUCAUUUAUGGAAUAUUUAUAAACGGCUCUUGUCGCUGAAAACAUAUAACGGAAAAAGCGUUACCAUGGCACCACCCACGGAACAACCAACGGUCGUGUCGGGAACGAAGGAGCACGCGUUGUAUCUAUGGAUCGUUCUCCAUGGCAACGCGAAUGCCAAAGAGGUUGCCAAGGCUUGUCAGAGCCUGCAGGCUUGUGUUAAGGAGGCGAAGGGCAAGGACAGCGUCGAUCUUGUUGCAGGGGUAGCCCUGGGACCAGACUUCUACAAGAAGCUCGGUAAAUCUGCAAAAAAAGAUUUCUGCUAUAAGGAGAGGUGUGGUGAAAAGGGGAAGCUACCCAAAUCAGCUGGAGACGUCUUCGUGCAUGGCAAAUGUGACAGUCAGGGGAAGCUGUUCAAGCUGUGCCGCACGUUCCUGGCGCGAAUGCCCGCCGGAAGUAUCAAGGAGUACGAGGACGUAUAUGGCUUCGUGUACGAGAGCGGACGGGACCUGUCGGGGUUCAUUGAUGGGACGGCCAAUGCCAAAGAAGACGGACACAGACGGGAAGUUGCCAUAGAGAAAGAGACAGGCGGCAGCUACCUGAUAACACAGAUAUGGAAACACGACUUCGACAAGAUAACCAAAACAAACACGGAGCAACUAGAGGCGUUUGUGGGCCGGAAGAUGGCGGACAGCGCAGAGAUCAAGGACAAGGCCAUCACCUCCCACGUUGCCCGGAUGAAGGGACACAAAGAGUUCAACAAGCCGGGAAAGUUUCAGAUCGUCCGUCAGUCUCAGCCGUUCGGCAACGUGAGCGGGGUAGGGGGACUAUUUUUUAUCGCGUAUGCAGCGUCGCCUGAGAACUUAAACUUUAUGCUGGAUGGAAUGUUCCGCUUGUCGGACGGAGGGGGGAACACCCACGACGCCAUUAUGGAGAUCAGCACCAACACCAAGGGCACGUACUGGUAUGUCCCCUCCCAGGCGGAACUAAAAGCCGUCUAGCGGACGAACAUUCGGAUAACACUCGGUUAAUUAUAAACCAACACGGAAAGUGCAGAAAAGACAAACGAAAAAAAAAACAACAACAAGAUUCUUCCGCUUGUUCUUUGGAAAGACCUUAUAAGUAUUGUUUAUACUCGUAAAAUAAGUAUCGGUAUUUAAGAGGUCACCAAAACGUUAUGUGAAUCAUCCUUUCAUCGGUGGGAAUAAAUUAUUUUUUCAUACAUUUUGAUCAAUAUAUUUAUUUAAUGUUUGUUUUCAUCUUAAUAUGGAAAAUAUAAUUAUAUAAUAUACAUAUUUUUACGCUCUUUUCUUGCCAGAAUGUAUCAGUAUGCUUGUGUCUAGCUUGUAUUCUUUACAUUAAAACCAGAUUAUUUUUCAUACUUGUAUUUAAUAAUAAAUUGAAGGGAAACUUAAGUAAGAAGUAAUUGAAUAUUAACCAUUUAUUAUUUUGUUAAGAAAGAGAUACAAUGCAUGACAAUAUUUAAAUUUGAUGAAUAUUAAAGCUUUCUAACUUACGGUGUUACAAUAAAUAUGUUAUUCUUCAAUCAAAUUGGAAUUGUGUAUUUCAAAGCAUGAAAUCCACAAUAGAAUCUCAAUCAUAAAAGUAACAAUCAUGUUUUCUUUACAAACAAUACAUGACACUUAUAAAAAAUACAGUAUGCUAACACGAA